AUGACUUCCAAAACUUUCAAUAGUGUGGGGCCAGAGCUUGCUGCCGUUCUGCCCCCAAACGACAAACCAUGGUACAAGAAACGAAACCAAGUCUUUCUCAACUUCUGCCUCAUUAGUCUUUUUCUCCUUUCUUCUGGCAAUGGCUACGACGGCACCAUGCUUAACGGUUGUCUCGCCCUUCCGCAUUGGCAGUCCUUCAUGGAACAUCCAACCGGGGCGUGGCUCGGGUUCAUCAGCGGUGCCCAGAACCUUGGCUCUAUCGUCUUCUUUCCCGUCGUCGCACACCUAUCCAAUCGCUUCGGUCGAAAACCAACCAUCUUUAUCGGCUACUUCUUCCUAUGUCUCGGCGUUGGCUUGCAGACCGGGGCUAUAAACCCAUCCAUGUUUGUUGCUUCACGAGUUGUUGUUGGCAUUGCGAGCGCCUUUUUUGGCGGAUGCGUGCCUCUGCUCAUGACGGAAACGGCAUACCCCACCCAUCGUGGAGUUCUUACGAGUCUCUACAUGUGUGGGUGGUAUGUUGUAAUUGUUCUUCCGGGACUGUUCCUGGUGCCCGAGUCUCCACGCUUUCUGGCCUCCAAAGAACGUUAUAACGAGGCUCGCGCCUUUCUCGUCAAGUACCAUGCAGAAGGUGACGAGAAUUCACUUCUAGCAACAUUUGAGCUUGAGGAGAUCACGCGAACCAUCCAGAUGGAACGUGACUUUCAGAAGAGCAGCUCGUAUGGGCAGAUGCUUGCGACUCCUGGUAACCGCAAGAGAACCUUCAUCACCGUCUUUCUGGGAGUCUUUGAUCAGUGGGCUGGCCAGAAUGUCGCAGGCUACUACCUCGCCCCGGUGCUCACCACCAUUGGCGUUACCACAGUUACAGAACAGACUCUCGUGAACGGAUUCCUCCAGAUCUGGAACCUCAUCUGCGCCUUGACUGGUGCAUUUAACGUUGAUCGUGUUGGACGUCGACCUCUUUUCUUAGCCGCCACCGCAGGCAUGCUCGUCUCUUACAUCCUCAUCACAGCGCUUUCUGCCACCUUUGCGAAGGGAGGGUCAGCAGCGGUCGGCACCGCAGUUGUCCCAUUCCUUUUCCUCAUGUACGGCUGCUUCUCUCUAGCUUUCACACCCUUGAUGGUGGCAUACCCAGUUGAGAUCUGGCAAUACGACUUGCGUGCUCGUGGUCUUUCUACAAUGUGGGUGUCGACUGCGGUAGCCGUCUUCUUCAACAUCUUCAUCAACCCAAUCGCACUCGAGGCAAUUGCGUGGAAGUAUUACCUACUCUACGUCUUCAUCCUCGCCGGCGGCGGCGUAGUCAUCUAUUUCACCUUCCCCGAGACGCGAGGUCACAGUCUUGAAGAGAUGGCGCGAAUCUUUGAUGGCGACGACGCAUCGCUGCCUCAAGAGGGAGUUUUGACUGAAAAGGCAAUUGCGGCUGGAAAUGUUCACCAUGUUGACAAUGCUGGCAAGGACCAAGACAAGGCGUCUCAGCCAGUCUAA